AUGCCCACACCCGAAGAAAUCCUUACCGAGCUGGAGGGAUUACGCAUUAAACGUGAAUCACUAUUUGCUAGAAUUCAGAACGUUCUGGAUUCUUCUCGAACCCUAACCUCAGAAAAUGUUCGCUUGUUUCGACCUCGAAUUGAUGAAUUAGUGGAAUUGGAGGCAAUUGAGGGAAUUCAAGAUCAAAUAAUCGACCGCAAUUCGCAAAUAAAAAUUGCUGCAGAUAAAUUGGAGGUUCUAAAUGUCCAAAAAGCAUGUGAUAAUAUCAUCUACGAAGUUCGUGGAAAAUAUAUGGAUCUGAUUCGAAGUAUGCCAGCCUCGAGCGAUACCAGUUCAGCCCCACACACGUCCACGGCUAGCAAAUCCUCUCUACCUAAUAUUGCCAUUCCAAAGUUCAGCGGAAAGAUCGAAGAUUGGAAUAAUUUUAUUUCUUUGUUUACUUCAAUUAUUCACAAAAACGCAACGCUUUCAUCAGCGGAGAAAUUUGUUUAUUUGCGAUCACUGCUUCAUUCCGACGCAUUAGCAGUCAUUUCGGCGCUCGAAGUCACUCCCGAAAAUUACGACCUUGCCUUCGCAGCUCUACAAAAUCGUUACCAAAACAAAAGAAGACUCGCCAUUCAUUAUCUUUCCCAAAUCAAAAAUUUUACUGGUUCAUCUUUGAACACCCGCAACGGCCUUCAACACUUUCUCAACAUUCACUCAAACUCCAUAAACGCUUUGAGAGCUCUGAAUAUUCCCGAUCUUGCUGACUUUCUCUUGUUCCAAAUGGUUUCUGAAAACCUUGAUACGAAUAUUCGUAAAGCCUUUGAAGCCAAAAUACAGAGUAACAGCAUUCCCACGUAUAAAGAAUUAAUCGACUUCGUAACAGAACAAUGCAAGACAUUUGAAGUUGUCGGCGCUGCUGAAACCUCCAACACGAGCAAAUCGCGCUUAAAAUCUCUACCAUCCAAGCGCCCCAACUCUUUCCUUACUAAAACGAAGGAAAAUAAUAGCCCUGGAAGCUCUCGAAAGGGACUACCACCUGCACCGACGUGUCCAUUAUGCCAAAGUAGUCAUUCACUAUCACGUUGUGAAGAAUUUCUCGCCCAAGUUAUCCAACAAAAAUAUGAUACGAUAAAAUCUCUCAAACGAUGUUUCAACUGCCUGGGUAACCAUUUCCUAACCUCUUGUGCUUCUACAAAUACGUGUAAACACUGCAAUGGCAAACAUCACACACUCUUGCAUGCAGAGAAGGACAGUACAAAGGAAAUUCCACCGAAUAGUACUACUGUAACACUAUCCUGUCGAACUACGAACAACCUGCUUCCCCAUCAUUUCUUAUUAGGAACAGUACAGCUUUUUAUUCAAGAUGAAGCUGGAAUCUUUUGGCCAAUUCGAGCAGUUGUUGAUCCUGGAUCGCAAAUCUCCGCGAUAACUUUAAGAACAGUGAACAGAUUGGGUCUUAGGCGAUCGCAAGCAAAAAAUAUCGAGGUAAGUGAUAUAUCAGGAUCAUACACAAAAACCCAAGGAAUAGUGAACUGCAUUUUACGUUCCAAAUAUUCAUCUGAAAGUCUCAAGGUCAAUGCUGUGGUGUUAACAUCCAUCGCCAAUAAAUUGCCUACGCUUCCUCUACCAACUUCUAUUCGUCAAAAAUUUAUGGAAAUCGACCUUGCCGAUUCUUCCUUUGAUCAACCUUCAAAAAUAGAUUUUCUUAUCGGUGCAGAUAUUUACCCACAUAUUUUAUCACCUCAUUCACCACAUAUAAUUUCCGGGAAUCCUUCUGCGAUUCGAACACUUUUUGGUUGGAUAAUAAUGGGAAACACCUCAAUAGAACACCCUACUACCUCCUCAGUUUCGUUACUCGUCGUCAACCCUUCACUGGAUUCUUUAUUACGACAAUUCUGGGAGCAAGAAGAAAUUGAGAUUUCAAAACCUGUUAAUCCUGAUGACGUAUUUUGUGAAGAACACUUUCUUCAAACCCACUCUCGUGAUGCUUCUGGCAGAUAUUCUGUGUCUUUACCCUUCAAAAAAGGAUGUACUUCCCUUGGUGUAAAUAGACACAUUGCCAUGAAGAGCUUCUUUAACUUGGAAAAGCGUUUACAUAAACAACCCGGAACCGAAGCGCCGUAUCAAGCCUUCCUUACUGAAUAUGAAGAUCUACGCCACAUGAAUGUCAUUACAAAGCCAUCGUCCUACAUUUUGCCUCACCAUUGUGUUUUCAAGCAAACGAGUUCUUCCACUAAAAUAAGAGUCGUUUUCAAUGGAUCAGCUCUCGAUUCCAAAGGAAGCUCAUUAAACGAACGCUUACUACCCGGCCCUAAACUGCAAAAUGAUUUGUCCGAUAUUUUGAUAUCUUUUCGAGUUCACGAAGUUGCCAUUUGCGCUGAUAUCCGCAUGAUGUACCGGCAAAUCAUGCUAGUACCUCAAGAUCGACAGUUCCAGCAUAUCUUUUGGAGAUCAAAACCCAACCUUCCUGUCCAAGAGUAUGAGCUUAAUACCGUUACUUAUGGACUAACCUCAUCCGCAUAUCUCGCACAGAGAGUUCUUCAUCAAUUAGUCACUGAUGAAGGAGCACAAUAUCCUCUCGCCUCAAAUGCAUUGAUUGCGCACAGUUAUCUGGACGAUAUUGUGACUGGAGCUGCUUCAAUGAAAGAAGCGGAAAAGCUUAAAACCGAACUGAUUAACCUUUUGUCCAAAGGUGGAUUCGAGCUAAGAAAAUGGUGCAGCAACCUUCCUGAAUCACUGAAUUCUCUGCCUGCACAGUAUCUUGAAAAUCCCAUAGUAUUUUCGACAGAAGAAUCUGCAUUUAAAAUUCUUGGGCUCAUGUGGGAACCAAAUUCGGACAAUUUCACAUACCACACUCAUCAAUUUCAAGGUCCUUCCACGAAAAGAACUAUUCUCUCUUACAUCUCUCAGAUUUUUGAUCCUCUCGGCUGGUUGACGCCCGUGGUUUUUUGGGCUAAACAUUUCUUACAACAAUUAUGGCUCUUUCAGUGUGAUUGGGACGAACCGCUGAAUCCAAUUCUCCGACAUCAAUGGGAGACAUUUGUUGCAGAAAUCCACCUUCUCCAACAAAUCAAGAUUCCAAGAAAAUUCCCAAGUGAUUAUCAGCAACUCCUAUUAAUAGGCUUCUGCGAUGCUUCCCAAAAGGGGUUCGCCGCGUGUAUUUACCUCUGUUUCUUACGUGACAGCUCUAAUUACACCAUACUUCUCAAAGCAAAGAGCAAAGUUGCACCCCUCACACCGCUAAGCAUUCCUCGCCUUGAACUCUCAGGAGCACUGCUGUUAGCGAAGUUAUUUGUUUCCGUUCGAAAAUCUCUUUCUACUUUCAAGAUGGAAGAAACUCUACUAUACACUGAUGCUCAAAUCGUCUUAGCCUGGCUACAAACUAUGCCUCAUAUUUUAAAACCCUUUGUAGCUAAUCGAGUAGUUAAAAUAAUUGAGCUUACCAAUCCUGAAAGCUGGUAUUACAUAAGCUCUAAAGAGAACUGCGCAGACGCCGCUUCCCGGGGAAUGACUCCUCAACAAUUAUCUACUUUUCCUUCUUGGAUUUAUGGACCAGAAUUCUUAUCACAACCGCCUAACAAGUGGCCCCGUCAAAGAACAUCUAUCCCUGAUAGCGAUAUUCCCGAGAAGCGCAAGGGCAAGAUUGUUCUUAAUGUGCACACCACUGAAGACGUUCUUUGUAAAUUCUCCUCACUUGUUCGACUUCAAAGAGUUUUUGCGUAUGUACGACGAUUUAUCAAUAAUGCUCGAUACCAUAAUCAACGCAAAACUGGAGCCCUUUCUUUGAAUGAACUGCGAGAAGCAUUAAUAUCCUGCGUUUUCAACGUUCAGCGACAUUACUAUGUUGACAUCAUUGAGAAACUCAAGAAUAACAUAUCUAUACCCACAGCUUUAUCAAAAUUGUCACCAUUCUUGGAUACAGCUGGGCUCCUCAGGGUGGGCGGACGUCUACGUCAUUCUUAUCUUCCAUUUGAACAAAAACAUCCACUUCUACUUCCCAAACACUCACAUUUGUCUGCUCUUAUUUGCGAUUUCUAUCACCUGUACUCUUUACAUUCUGGGCCUUUAACCGUACAAGCUCUUAUCUCCCAAAAAUUUUGGAUAGUUUCCCUGCGUUCUUUAUUACGUCAGCGAAUACACAGAUGUUUAACUUGCCAUAGAUUCAAGGCAACUCCGGCUCAGCCUAUCAUGGCAGAUCUUCCUGCAUAUAGAACUCAACUGGUGCGAGCAUUUUUACAAGUUGGCACCGAUUUCGGCGGACCCUUUCUUGUGAAAGAAAGUAAACGCCGUAGCGCCCGAAUCUAUAAAGGGUAUUUAUGCUUAUUUGUUUGCAUGAGCACCAAAGCCACUCAUCUCGAAUUUGUCACUGAGCUUUCUACUUCUGCCUUUUUAGCUGCCUUUGAUCGAUUUGUAUCACGACGUGGCCUUCCUCAAACCAUUUAUUCCGAUUGUGGACGAAACUAUAUUGGAGCAGCAAACCAUUUAAAGGAAAUAACCAGAUUUUUACAUGAACAUAAGGAUCAAAUUUUCUCCUCCUUGUCGGCCAAACAAAUAAACUGGAAUUUCAACCCUCCCACUGCAUCCAACUUCGGCGGAAUUUGGGAGGCUGGAAUAAAAUCCGCUAAAAACCUCCUGAAGCGACUUAUCAAAGAUACAGCACAUACCUUCGAGGAAUAUACAACUUUAUUCGCUCGUAUAGAAGCCACAUUGAACAGCCGACCAUUAUGUUCAGUUUCUUUCGACCCCAUGGAAAACAUUGAUUAUUUGAGUCCUGGACAUUUCCUUAUAGGAUCACCGCUACUUUCUCCUCCCGAACCCGAUAUACCAGGAAACAUAACUUUUAAAUGCCGUUGGCAGCGCCUUCGUCAACUUUUCCAACAGUUUUGGCGUCGUUGGACGCAAGAAUACCUACAUACACAAACUCAAAGGCGCAAAUGGCACCGUAGUGCACCUAACAUUCAAGAAGGUGACGUCGUAUUCAUGUGUGGAAUCAAUACUCAUCCAUUAUCAUGGCCUAUUGGUCGUGUUGAAACAGUCCUGCCUGGACCCGACGGAGUUGUCCGGGUCGUGAGAGUUAGGACUGCUUCAGGACAAUAUAUUCGUCCCGUUAACAAACUCGUGACUUUACCCCCUCAGUAA